AUGGGUUUGAGUAUUUCAAAGUUGUUGCAAGGCCUUUUUGGCCGCAAAGAGAUGCGUAUCUUGAUGGUUGGUUUGGAUGCCGCUGGUAAGACUACCAUCCUGUACAAGCUCAAGCUGGGUGAGAUUGUCACCACCAUCCCAACGAUCGGUUUCAACGUGGAGACCGUUGACUACAAGAACAUCUCGUUCACCGUCUGGGAUGUCGGUGGACAAGACAAGAUCAGACCGCUGUGGAGACACUACUUCCAGAACACCCAGGGUAUCAUCUUUGUCGUUGACUCUAACGAUAGGGACCGUAUCUCUGAGGCCAGGGAAGAGCUGCAGAGAAUGCUCAACGAGGACGAACUCAGAGACGCGUUGCUAUUGGUGUUCGCCAACAAGCAGGAUCUGCCAAAUGCCAUGAAUGCAGCUGAGAUCACAGAGAAGCUUGGUCUGCAAUCAAUCAGACCUCGUCCUUGGUACAUCCAAGCCACCUGCGCCACGUCUGGUGAUGGUUUGUACGAGGGUCUUGAAUGGUUGGCCACCAGCCUGAAGAAGAACAAGGGUACUUAG